UUCCCAUGGAUGCUUCUCCUCUUGGCUGCUGACGAAGUGACCGAAGAAAAUGCUGAGGUGCCACGCAGCCAGUCGUGCCGGAGGACGGGUGCAGGGGCUUGGGGUUUCUGGGAGCAACGCCUGUGUCACCAUUGCUAGGAAGACGGUCCAGGAGGGCUCGGCUGUGUGAGUCCCCGCUCGAAGCCGGUGGAGACUGCGGUUGUUAUUGAUCAAGUGAAAGAGCAGACGCCGAAAUAAAAGCCACUAGAAAUGAUGUGUGAAGUGAUGCCAACGAUAAACGAGGACACCCCGAUGAGUCAACGGGGGUCCCAAAGCAGCGGCUCGGACUCGGAUUCUCACUUUGAGCAGCUGAUGGUGAACAUGCUGGAUGAAAGGGACCGUCUCCUUGAUACUCUUCGGGAGACACAGGAAAGCUUGUCACUUGCACAGCAACGCCUACAGGAUGUCAUCUACGACAGAGACUCCCUCCAGCGACAGCUUAACUCAGCACUGCCUCAGGAAUUUGCUGCACUGACAAAAGAAUUAAAUGCAUGCAGGGAACAGCUGCUUGAAAAAGAGGAGGAGAUUUCAGAACUGAAAGCUGAAAGAAAUAACACAAGACUGUUACUGGAGCAUUUGGAGUGCCUUGUCUCAAGACACGAAAGGUCACUGAGGAUGACCGUGGUGAAACGGCAAGCACAGUCUCCCUCAGGAGUUUCCAGUGAAGUUGAAGUCCUCAAAGCUCUGAAAUCUCUGUUUGAGCACCACAAGGCUUUGGAUGAAAAGGUAAGGGAACGACUGAGGGUUUCUUUAGAAAGAGUCUCUGCACUGGAAGAAGAACUAGCUGCUGCUAACCAGGAGAUUGUAGCUUUGCGUGAACAAAAUGCACACAUUCAAAGGAAAAUGGCAGCUGGUGAAGGGCCUGCUGAAUCAGAGCAUAUUGAAGGAAUGGAGCCAGGGCAAAAGGUUCAUGAAAAGCGCCUAUCAAAUGGCUCCAUAGACUCAAAUGACGAAGCCAGUCAAGUUGUUGAACUUCAGGAACUACUGGAAAAGCAAAACUAUGAAAUGGCACAGAUGAAGGAGCGUUUGGCGGCGCUGUCUUCCCGGGUGGGAGAGGUAGAACAGGAAGCAGAGACUGCCAGGAAGGAGCUCAUUAAAACAGAGGAAAUGAACAGUAAAUACCAGAGAGACAUUAGAGAGGCAAUGGCACAAAAGGAAGAUAUGGAAGAAAGAAUAACUACUCUGGAGAAACGCUACCUCAGUGCUCAGAGAGAAUCCACCUCCAUACAUGACAUGAACGAUAAACUGGAAAAUGAACUGGCAAACAAAGAAGCCAUCCUACGUCAGCUGGAAGACAAAAACAGACAGCUGCAAGAGCGACUAGAGCUGGCUGAGCAGAAGCUGCAGCAGACGAUGAGGAAGGCUGAAACCUUACCCGAAGUGGAGGCUGAACUGGCUCAGAGAAUUGCAGCUCUGACUAAGGCAGAAGAAAGACAUGGAAACAUUGAGGAACGUAUGAGACACUUAGAAGCUCAACUUGAAGAGAAGAAUCAGGAACUUCAAAGAGCAAGGCAAAGGGAAAAAAUGAAUGAAGAGCACAACAAAAGAUUAUCAGAUACCGUAGACAGACUUUUGACAGAAUCCAAUGAGCGUCUGCAGCUGCACUUAAAAGAGAGAAUGGCAGCACUCGAAGAAAAGAAUGUUUUGAUUCAAGAAUCUGAAAGUUUCAGGAAAAAUCUGGAAGAGUCUUUACAUGACAAGGAAAGACUUGCUGAAGAAAUUGAGAAACUGAGAUCUGAACUGGAUCAAAUGAAAUUGAGGGCUGGUUCUUUAAUUGAACCCACCUUGUCAAGGCCUCACCUUGACACAUCAUCAGAGCUGAGGUACUCUGUGGGCUCACUGGUGGAUACCCAGUCUGACUAUCGGUCGACUAAAGUGAUAAGGCGACCUAGAAGAGGCCGGAUGGGAGUACGCAGAGAUGAACCAAAGGUGAAAUCACUUGGAGAUCAUGAGUGGAAUAGAACCCAGCAGAUUGGCGUUUUGAGCAGUCAUCCAUUUGAAAGCGACACUGAAAUGUCCGACAUCGAUGAUGACGAUAGAGAAACGCUUUUCAGCUCCAUGGACCUCCUGUCACCAAGUGGCCAUUCUGAUGCCCAGACUCUGGCCAUGAUGCUUCAGGAGCAGCUAGAUGCAAUCAAUAAAGAAAUCAGGUUAAUCCAAGAAGAGAAAGAGUCGACAGAACUGCGUGCCGAAGAGAUAGAGAACAGAGUAGCUAGUGUGAGUCUGGAAGGCUUAAAUCUAGCCAGAGUCCACCAAGGUACCUCCAUUACUGGCUCAGUGACAGCAUCGUCACUUGCAAGCUCAUCUCCUCCCAGCGGACACUCGACUCCUAAACUCACCCCUCGCAGUCCAGCCAGGGAGAUGGACAGAAUGGGGGUUAUGACGCUGCCAAGCGACCUAAGGAAACAUCGGAGAAAGAUUGCAGUAGUUGAAGAAGAUGGGCAUGAAGAUAAAGCCACAAUCAAAUGUGAAACUUCUCCUCCUCCAACACCCAGAGCUAUCAGAAUGACUCAUACCCUUCCCUCUUCAUACCACAAUGAUGCCAGAAGUAGUUUGCCCGCUUCACUGGAGCCAGAAAGCAUUGGUCUUGGCAGUGUCAAUAGCAGCCAGGACUCCCUGCACAAAGCUCCCAAGAAGAAAGGAAUCAAGUCUUCAAUAGGACGUUUGUUCGGUAAAAAAGAGAAGGCUCGACUUGGACAGCUCAGUAAGGAAUUAGUGGUAACAAGCCAAGGAGGUUACAUGGAAACAGAGGCAGCAGCUCAGGAAUCUCUGGGAUUAGGCAAACUUGGAACCCAAGCAGAAAAAGACCGAAGACUAAAGAAAAAACAUGAACUUCUGGAAGAAGCUCGGAGAAAGGGUUUGCCCUUUGCACAGUGGGAUGGGCCAACAGUGGUUGCCUGGCUGGAGCUCUGGCUAGGCAUGCCAGCCUGGUAUGUCGCUGCCUGCCGUGCCAACGUGAAGAGCGGAGCUAUUAUGUCUGCUUUGUCUGAUACUGAGAUUCAAAGAGAAAUUGGAAUCAGCAAUCCUCUUCAUCGCUUAAAGCUUCGACUAGCAAUCCAGGAGAUGGUAUCGCUGACAAGUCCAUCAGCACCUCCAACAUCCAGAACACCCUCAGGCAAUGUUUGGGUGACCCAUGAAGAAAUGGAAAAUCUUGCUGCUCCAGCUAAAACGAAAGAGUCUGAAGAAGGCAGCUGGGCUCAGACCCUGGCUUAUGGUGAUAUGAACCACGAAUGGAUAGGUAACGAAUGGCUCCCCAGUCUGGGUUUACCUCAGUACCGAAGUUAUUUUAUGGAAUGCCUCGUAGAUGCAAGGAUGUUAGAUCACCUGACAAAGAAAGAUCUGCGUGUGCACUUAAAAAUGGUGGAUAGCUUUCAUCGAACAAGCCUACAAUAUGGAAUCAUGUGUUUAAAGAGGUUGAAUUAUGAUAGAAAAGAACUGGAAAAGCGAAGAGAAAUGAGUCAGCAUGAAAUAAAAGAUGUGCUGGUAUGGAGCAAUGAUCGAGUCAUACGCUGGAUACAAGCUAUUGGCCUCCGAGAAUAUGCAAAUAAUAUACUAGAAAGUGGCGUACAUGGUUCACUUAUAGCACUGGAUGAAAACUUUGAUUACAGCAGUUUAGCUUUAUUAUUACAGAUUCCAACACAAAACACCCAGGCACGGCAGAUCCUUGAGAGAGAAUACAACAACCUUUUAGCACUAGGAACUGAAAGACGACUUGAGGAAAGCGAUGACAAGAACUUCAGACGUGGCCCAUCCUGGCGACGACAAUUUCCUCCACGUGAGGUUCAUGGGAUCAGCAUGAUGCCGGGCUCCUCGGAAACGCUGCCAGCUGGGUUCAGAUUAACCACAACAUCAGGGCAGUCACGGAAGAUGCCAACUGAUGUUGCUUCAUCACGACUGCAGAGGUUAGACAGCUCAACAGUUCGCACAUACUCAUGCUGACAAGGCCUAGCAAAGAAGCCAGCACUGAAUUGUUGUGAGUAUCCAUAAGGGGCCAUCAUGAAAGCUUGUUGUAACUGUAUGCUACACCAAAUAAUCCUUGCCAUCAUUCAAGCAAGAGACAGAACGGAGCAGAGGGCUCACUCAGACUCGCUAGGGUGGUCAUUUGAUCACAAGAGUCUCAAGCUCAGUCCAGGAGAUGCUAUGCUAUUCUUUUCCCUAUCUCAAAGAGCAGGUUCCUUCUGCUGGAACCAUUUUAGCAGAUAAGACAAAAGUUUUCAGAGAACUCUGUUCAGAUGAUGGCUCACCAACCAUAAUGUAUUUUGUAUGCUCUCAAACUUAAAGCUAGAAUUGGAGAGACAGCAAUAGGCACAGGGAGUCAAUUUACUUCAUGAGAUCUUGAAGGAGUUCUGCCAGUAGCUAGAAAGGGGGAGGGGUGGGUGUGCGUGUGUGUGAGAAAAAAAAAAAAAAAAAGCUAGUAAAGCAGAAGCAAUUUACUCUCUCUUUUUUUUUUUUUUUUUUCUUUUUUUAACAAGAGAUAUGGGUCACAUUAGAACAUCAGGUAGCUGCCUAAAGUUUGAACAAAACUUCCCCUAUACAGAAAAUCUUCCAAAGUUACCUAUUUCAGAGAUUCUUGUAGUUUUCAAAUCACUCAGAAUUGACCAGUGACAAAGAAAGGAUAUUCCUAGCUGGGUGCAACUUUGGAUCACAUUUAGUGAUGGAAUUCAUGUUGCAUUUCCCACCACUUAUCUUCUGAAUGUGGCUAUGAGUCUCACAUAUUCACAUUUCCAGAGCUCUAUGGGAACACACUGGUUUCUGCUACAUCACAAGUUUUGCAAAAAAAUACUAACAUGAUGAGCGCUUUCAUCAGUCUGGCACCAUUUCAUGCUAAUAUUUUGUCAGUAAAACUGUUUUCCAUUUAGUUACUCAGGGGAUUGUAGGGGAGCUGGAAAGAAUAUUUGGAUAGUGUGCUUCAAUAGCUAUUACAUAUUGUAGGCAAGACAUGCCAGGAUCUGCAACAAAGGCCUUUUUUUUUUUUUUUUUUUUUUGAGAUCCCCAAGUCUGGGAGAGGCUUGGGGCCAUCAAGAUUUUACUAAACCUGGGCAGGUUCAGAAAGUGCUUAGGAACAGUAAAUGUUACCAGUGGAAAAUGUAGAUUGCUCAGGAUCCUGCUGAUGACAUGAGCCUUACUUCAUAGAUCUUCAGGAGACUGCAAGAGUAUAAAAUCUUAAUCUAGUAAAAAAGGAACCUUUACAUGUCACCACUUAAAAAUAAGUAUAGGAGAUAUUUUAUCUUUUUUUUCUAAAAUAAGUAAGUUUAUCAGCUAGUCCUACAAAGAUGAUGAUGAAACACUUAAACUAUAUAAAUCUUUUUAUGUGUAUGUAUUUAUAGAUUAGAGCUUGGUGUUACGUCAGGAAAGUCAAUAACAGUACUCUCACUGUGUUCAGCAGGGGUAGAAACUGAUAGCAGAGAUGCAUAUAUUUUCUCCUCUAUGCUUCAGAAUUGCAAAAUUGAAAGCAAUAAAGUAUGACCAAGAAAUUAAGUUCAAACACCAAGCUGUCUAUUAGGCCAAUAGUAAUGGGUCAGGCACGUGAGAUGAUGCUUUCUAAUAGGUCUGAAGAGUGCAACAAGGGCAGAAAUUGAAAAUUGGUAGCUUAACAAAAAUUAAUUUAAGAUUAUCCAAACUGUAUAUUCCUGCUGCAUUCAAAAAUUGUCUAAAAAGUAGCAAUCCACAAACAGAAAUAAAGUAGCAAAAUUUGCUGGCACUGUAGAUAUGGGAGUUAUGUAUUUUGAGCAAAAAUAUGUUUAUACAAAGUUAUACAGGCUAUAAAAACUGAAAUUCCUAUAGCAGUAUUAGUAAUGUUUCAAGUAUCAUUCAAUUAAUAAGUAUCAUAUCAGUACUUGCUGCUUGUCCACUAUUUCGCUGAUUACACUCCAAUCUUAAAUGCUUGAGAGAUUCGUAAGAACAUCAAAUUUACCUCUAAAUUGUAAAGGUUAAUAUAUGAGGAUGACUGACACUAAUAUACUACUAUUUCCUUUAACUUACCAUAUAUACUCCUUUUAGAGAAGCAACAAGAUGGUAUGGACUAGAAAGUUAGAACAUACACUGUUACUGUUCAUAAGUGCAAUUUCAAAAUGUCAUGCAGGUUAGAAACCAAAGAGCAAGUUAAAAUAAUUUUGGAUUUCAGUGAAUUAUAUAAAAAAUAUGUAGGGAAAAAUUUCCUUCGUUAUUAUAUCAAACUUAAAACCCAUUACCUGACUCUCAAGGAUGAAUGCAUAAACAAAAUCUGCUCAUAUGGGGGAUGUGAGGUUGGUUGAAGGGCAACAGAAGAGUUUUCAGAAUUUUGUGAUCACAGUUCCUGAGUAACAGUUUCUUCACGGGAACUGAUUGAUACUGGGACAAAAGGGACAAUUAUUUAUUACAACAUGCCUCCUGAAAUUUUCCAGAUCCAGGUCAGACUGAGACCCAGGCUUAUAACACCUUGCCUAGAAUACAGCAGAAUACUGUGUUACUCUGGUGACUAAACCAUCUGCAUGCACAGAAUCAGGGACUGAUUCUAACUGAGAAGCAGAGGGGAUGGACAGCUGGAUGAGCUAUCACAAAAUAGCAAUAAAAGAGAAUUUCUAAUAUAGCAAAAGGGAAUAUGCAUGUGAAGAGCAGACUGAAAAAAGAACUGCAAACAGGUUGCACGUGGAACAAAUGAGAUGGCCUGUGAUCACAGCAGGUGCAUUAUGCUACUCACCUUUCUCAGAGAAUGUCAAAGCCUCAUAUUUCAAAACAGUUUAUGCCAACAAUAUCAAUUGGAUACAACCUUACAGUGUCUUACAGUGCCUUCACAAUAGCUGUGUUCAAUUAAUAUGCUUUCAAGUUGUGUUUCAGGUAUUUUUUUUAAACAUUUGUUGAAACCACCAUGACAAGCUGCCAGAAACCAUGAACUGACAUUCUCAGAACAGUUACAUGAGCAUAUUCUGCACAGUCCAGUUAAGAACUUUAAGACUGCUGGUGUCUGGCCAUUUAAUCUUGCAAGAAGUUUACCAUAGAGCACAUGAGACAGGUAAAGCUUUCUGCUGUGGUGACUGUAUGUUGCCCAGCUGAGCAUCUGCAAUGCCGUUACACAGCCAGUGGAUGUGGCAGUCACACUGUCUAAGCUUUCCCAACACUCUUCUCUUAUUAAAACACUUGUCACCACCAAGUCAGAAGGCUCAGCCAGGACAGUUUCACUGCCAUAGGCUGGGGCAAUAGAAAACACUAGUUUCACUUCUAUUCGAACAAAAUGUCAAAGGAGAUUUGGCAAAAACCAAUGGUGUACGUAACAAAUGAAGGUUUCCAAGGAGGAUUUGUAGACAGAUGGAGAAGAAGAGUUCCAAAAAGCUGUGACUGAUCAUCUGGAAACAGCUGAUCCAUAGCAGAGAAAUCAUCAGGGUGAAAAAGAUAAAUGCUAUCAAGCUGCAGUGAACAUGAGAAUCACAGAGUACAUCAACAAGGUCUAUACACUUAAAAUGUGUGUUCAGCCUUGUGCCAAACAGGCAAAGGUCUCCAGAUGCAGGAAACAAACUGCAGUGCUGAAUCUAAACAGCAAGAAAACAACUGUAAAAUUAACAUAAGCAGGAGCCUAUUUUGAUCUAGGACAACAAAAGAUUAAAAUGCAUUAUUAAUAGAUUUAUGUUGCAGAGCUAAAAUUAAACAACAAAUGCAUGUCUCCCUCAAACACUCAAAACCCAUGUUUUAGUAAAACAUUCAAUAGCUUACUUAGUCCUAUAAUAUUUUUCUGGUGUCAUUGCAUCCUAGACCAAAUUAGAAUCAAAGAAUCUUUCUAAUUAAUGUUUGUUUAUUUUUUCUCUUAGAUGUCAUCUCUUUCUUCUACUUUACCUGAAGUGCACUACCACUACUUAGGAAAAAAGAGCAUUAAAACUCUCUGCAAGAACAGGGUAAUAGGGAAGAGAACACAUACAGAUUAUCAGACAAAAAGUUAUGAUGU